AAAUGAAUUUUUUUAUCUCAAAAAUUAUUUUCGUUUGCUUGGCUCGUAGAUUCCGAAGAUCCACCACCGUUGCCACCGCCGCCCCGUCCUCUCCGCCGUCUCUCUCGCGACACGCCUUUUCGCCGACAAGUGAACGAUGGCCUCGCUUGCAGUCGCCGCCGUCUUUGCUACUCCUUCCGACUUCCUCACCGCGCCUCUUCAUCGUCGGGGAUCUCAUGUAGUCACGAAUUCCUCCUCUGUCUCUGGCUGCCUCCUGACCAAAAGGGGAGAUUCUAGACGCAUCGGACAGAGGCAUAGGGCGGCCUCUCUCGCAAUUAGGUGCUCCUCUGCUUUGAGUCCCGAGCUGAAAUCGACAAUCGAUAAGGUCGUGCAAUCGCAAAAAGUGGUGCUUUUUAUGAAGGGAACGAAGGAAUUCCCCCAGUGUGGCUUCUCGAACACUGUGGUGCAGGUUUUGAAUUCACUGAACGUGCCCUUUGACACUCUGAACAUACUUGAAAACGAAAUCCUGCGUCAUGGGAUGAAGGAAUACUCAAACUGGCCAACUUUUCCCCAACUCUACAUUGAUGGGGAGUUUUUUGGUGGCUGUGACAUUGUUGUCGAAGCUUACAAAGCUGGGCAACUGCAAGAGGUAUUAGAGAAAGCUUUGUGUUCGUGAUGGCAUCAAUUUAAUGAAGCAUUUCAUGCUCGAUGGUUUGCUCUCGAGAUCCUGUGUAUUGACGAAUCCUUUGCAGGUUAUCAUUAUUGAAUGCUCUAUAAAUUAGCAAUCAUUUCAUCUUAAUGCUGUAAGAUUGCACCAUUGAACGAAUCACAUAAGAUAAAUCAGCUCAUGAAUACUAAUCAUCCACAAGUUCAGGAAAAUAUUUACUGUCUUUCACAAUUUA